CAUUUGCUAAAUUAACAGUGCAAGAUUAUAUUUGUAAACGACAAAUAAAAUCGGUCGGCCGAUGACGCCACCGUUCAGUGCCGAGAGUUACGCGCGAUUGCUCCAAUCCAUCGGCGCAUUGCGCGUGCUCGAAGCUCAUCGUUUCCGGAGUAAAAGAGAAACAGACUCACUCUCUGUGUGCUGUUGCUCGCCGGCAUCGAUUUCAGUUCGUGUUAUUGUGAACGAGAGAGAGAGAGAGAGAGAUAAACCGGAGUAUACGUGUGCCAUAUUGGGAAACCGGAGUAUACGUGUGCCAUAUUGGAAAACCGGAGCACGUGGCGGUGUCGAAUCGGUGCCGAGUUCGGUUCGUGUUACUGUGAACGAGAAAGAGAGAGAGAGAGAGAGAGACAAACCGGAGUAAAAUAACAAACGUGUGUAUUAGGAAACCGGAGCACGUGGCGGUGUCGAGUCGGUGCCGAGUCAACUAUAAAUGGUGUGGUACGUUGUUAUUGGCGACGAGUGGUGCUCUGUUGUACCCGACUCAUGGGUCUUCGAAAGCGAUUCAGUGAUUUGGUGGCCACCGAAAGGUAUCACUGUCACCACAGCAAUAUCAAAGGAAAUACAGCCCAACGAUACAUGGAGUUUAACUCCAUACAAACAGUUGAUUGGCCCAUUUGAAGCUUGGAAAAUCGAGAAGAAAUCAGCAGAUAUCUCAUCGGAUGCUGAUACUGAUGCUAUGCGUGCUGCGUUUGAUGAACCAUCCAAACGGCCGAAAAAAGUUAGAAAACUCUCCUCCGAUGAGUCUGACACCUCUGAUGCCAGUUCCUGUAAUAUGCCGCCAAUUUACCAACAACGUAAAGAAAAUACACCAAAAACAAUUUCCACGAUAUCCCUACCAAAAUGUUCGUACAUUAAAUCAAAGCAACGAUGCGAAGGUAGUUUAACCAAGACAUCACAAUCGCAAAUGAAUAAGAGUGCUACAUUCUCAUCCAAUUACGAAAAGACUUUAGACUCUACUCCGAAACGGAUCAAUGAUUUAAACGAAAAGCAACACAAGUCUAAAAAAUUGUCCGGCAUCUCGUCAGCUAAUUUUGGGAAAACCAAGCCUGCAAUGAUGGAGCGUCAUCAAGAAUGGCACGAUGAAUGUUACCUAUUUGACAUACAAGAAUUACUUGAUUCACUGCAGUUAGAUAAAGAAAAUCAAACGAGGAAUCAUAACAACUGUUGUGGCGAAUGCAGAGAUUAUGUCCAAAAGGAAUUCAAAAAAUUGUCACGACAAUUGUAUAAAAUCGAAGCGCUGCUAAAAGAGCCGAAUGCAGGACGAGGUGACGAGGUUGUAGGACAAGAAUUAUUACCGUCGUUCCCGCUGAUGGCGCUUCAGCAAUUCUUCGAAUGCGACAAUCAAUUGAAAGUGGAUGCGAACAUGAGAAAACAAUUCGAACACAUGAUCGGAGGUUCGACAGAUAAACAAUUUAUUAGAAACAUUUUAUCACAUAUAAUGUGUAACGAAAUAGGGACCCAAAUAUCAUGGACAGGCCAAAAGAGUGGUGUAGGUUUUAAAUCCACAUCCUUGUCCAAACUAAUAAUCGAUUCUGUGAUGAAACGGUCACCAGCUUCAACCCGUGCAGAAUUAGAAGCUGCCAUGCAAGAAUGGCUCCGUCGCUCAGGUGACAGGAUCAGAAGUACGAUUAAUAAUAAUAAAAUGUUUAUUAAUCAGUAAAACAAAGUUAUUUUACUGAUUAAUAAACAUUUACUGGAAGUCUUCCAUGAGAAACUUUGCGAAACAUGUUUUGUAUCGUGUCUUGUCGUUUCAAAAAGGAAUGGAACCGUUGACAUUAUGAUUACGUGACGCGGCACUGGUUUUUAAAAUAUCAAGGAAAUCCAGUGAUAGUCUUAAUUUGUAACAUCUAUGCUGUAGAUCGAUCUUACGGAUAUAUAACAAUUUCUAAACGAUUAUUGAAUCGUAAUUAUCCUGUUUGUACGCGCAUAAAUAUCGAUAAUAAUGCCUAACAAUUAGUAAUAAAAUCAAUAUAUCCGAUCGUUAGUUUAUAUAUGCAAAUAAAAGGUUUUACAUCAUACAAGCAAUACUUUGAAAAAUUUAUCUUAUAUCUUUGUCAUAUGCUCAACGUUAUGAUAUACAUUUUUUGAUAUAUAUUUUUUUAAAUUCAGAGUGAUUUAUAUGUUUCAAAUCGAACUUUAUGUAAAGCAGUAGAAAAAUAACAAAUUUUACUAACAAAGUUACAAUGAAAGAAAAAUUGGAAAAGUUAAUAUCCGUAUUAUGAUCUUCCCACAGUAUAUGCCUAAAUAUACGAAGACUUGUCAAAGUUGUCAUUCUUAUUUAAGUAUAACUGAAGCUAGUCCAUCAUAAAAACUAUUUAAAUAUCAUUGGCGUAUUAAGCCAUUUUAUGUUAUGCGAUCAUCUUGCAGAAAUAGCCAUAGACAAAAUAGAAAGAAGUAUAUGAGCAUUAUUCAAAAGGAUUCAAGUAAAUGUCACGACGCCAAAUUUUGUUUUAGAUAAUCGUAAUGUCCGUACGAUGAUACUCUCACAUACACACAUGCGCGUAUUUGUAUAAAUUUUCUUUCUUUUAAAUUUUCAUACCUUUAAUUUAUAAUAAUUUUGUUUUAUGUAUUGGCUUUCAAAAUACAUGUAUGAAGUAGUCAUUGCAUUUUUUAUAUGAGUAAAAGAAAUGUGUGAUGUGAUAACGAUUGAUUCGUAAAACUCAUUGCUAAUAAAAAGAUGUAAUGGUUAACUUGAUCUAGUUAAAAAGGAAACUUGGCAUUCAUAUGCAUGAUUAUGCUGGAAUAUGUGAUAUAUGUAAUGCUAUAUGUUUGGUAAAAAAAAAAAGAGAGAGACGUUUAAACGCAAGAUAAUAAUUUUAUUACGAGUAUAAAAAUAGAAAAAAAGUUAUUUUCAUAUUAAGAUUGUUUUAUUUAAAUAAGAGGAAUAUUUAUUUCAUUAUUUAGCAUUAAGAAAGUUGAUGAAAUUACAUUGUGACUAGAUGUGACUAGAAUGUGGAUAAAGUUUUUGUUUUAUGUGACAUCCAUGAAUAUAGAAUAGUUAAAAGUUUUUAUUAUUAAAAUUGUUAUUAUUAUUAUUCUUAACAAAUGCAUUUGUAUAUAAUAUUAAUAUUAAGCAAGAUAAUAUUGUAUACAAUGAGUUAUUGUGAUAUACAUAUACACACACACAAACUUAAACAAAUGCGCACAAUGCACAUACACAGAUAUAAACAGUUGCAUUCGCUUUAUAUAUUAUAACAAUUUUCUUUUUUUUUUAAAUAAAACGAAUCAAACAAGUGAAAAA